UAUGCAAUAAUACAAAUUUAGAAUUCUAGUGCAGCAUUAAAGAAACGAGGUGUGGAUUUGUAAUAUUGUCGACACUCGUGCACUUACAUCCAUGUGGAAAAAGUUGGACACUUGAUGACCACAAGUGUGGAUUGCGAGGUGAGAAAUAGAUAGAAGGAAAUCCAAAUCAAAUGCAUUACCAAAGUUUCUGUCUUCAAAGUUAAGAGACAGUUUGGUUGAGUCUGUGCUUGUGUGUGUGAGAGAGAAAUCGAACUCGAUUGAGCCGUACCCAAAACAAGAGUUAAGGCGACUAAGACUUGGCUUACCUUACAAUACUGUUCCCAUCAACUCCUUGCAAACUGAGUUUGCGCCAAGCGAAUUCAAAGUGACAAGAGUAACAAGUUGUUGCUGCUUUGCUCUUGCACUGUUCUUAUUUUAUGCUCUCACCUCACACAGAGAGAGACAGCGAGAGUCAGAGAGCGAGCGGUUGUGGGGUGGGUGCGUGCGUUAGUAUGUGUGAGCGCGAGAGUGAGAGUGAGUAAGUGGUUUGGCUGGCAGGCGGUUUUUGGAGUCGGCUCUCUUUUCGCCGCAAUCGCCUUGAACUCGCUGUCGCAGCGAUAAAGCUUCGAUAGGACGACGUCCGCUGAAACCAAAUCACAUCCUUCUGUUAAUCCGAAGAGUGCACAACACUUUGCCCGCAGUCGCAAUCGCAAUCGCAAAUCGUAGUCGCAUUCGCAAUCGCAGUUCACACAUUGUUGCUUUUCUUGGUGCGUAAACUUUGGCGAUUCGCGCGACAGCAAAUAGAAAUUGAACGAAUCGCAAAAUGGAUAUCUCAGCCUAUCAGCACAUGAACAUUCGCAUGAGCACACGGGGCAAGCGACCGUUGCGGAAUCUAACGCCAAACGACAAAGUCCGUGCCAUUCAACGCAUUCAUAAUGGCGAGACGAAAGCAAGUGUAUCCCGGGACAUUGGUGUACCAGAGUCCACACUCCGUGGCUGGUGUAAAAAUGAGCAAAAGUUACGGUUUAUGUGCCGCCAAUUGGGCAGCGACAAUUUGGGCCAACAGCUGGCCACACACGGUCUCGAUACACCGCCCGAAAAACGCGCCAAACUAGAGCUACAGCUGCUGCCGCCAAAGUUCGCCACAAUGCCAGGCUACGAUGAGCUGGGCGGAUUCAGCGGUCUGCCAUUUCCAGCCAUGGAUUACAGUUCCCACAACGAAGCGCUGCUCGAGAAGAUCGCCUUGGUCGAGUUUCUCAAGCGCAACGGCCUUCACACCGAAGAUGUUCGCUCUGCCGGCACAGAUCCUGCCUCACCAGUGACCAACAACAGCGGUGGUUACUCCACCAACAACAUGGUGCAUCAGCUCAAUCUCUUGGCACUCUUCAACUCCAAGUUGUCACCCAAGGUGGAACACAACACAGCAACAACUCCAACAGCAGCUACCAUUCCUAAUCUCAAUCUCAGUCUAAAUUCAAAGACUACGGACAUUCAAUCGGAUAAGACCAAGAAAUACAAUUGUCCGCUGCUAAGUGUAAAGAAUUGGGCCAAGGAUCCAGCCAAAUCCACCCAAAUGCCAUUUGCCCAACCGCCGUACAGCAAUGACAGCAACAACAACGACAUCGAAGGCAGAGUCACCACAACAUCGACACCCACUCCAGAGAUUGUUCCAUUAACUGUUCCAGUUCCACCGCAACUGCAAGAUGCCGAAGCUCAAGCCCAGGGACAGGGUCAGGGAGCAUUGCUGGAUUGGUGCAAAAUGUUCAGUGCGAGUCUGAACUUUUUUGCCUUCGCCGCUGCUGCGGCUUCAAUGCAUCCGGGAGCAGCAGGAGCAGCAACUGGAACCCCACUUGGCAGCGAGCCAGAUUUACAUGGCUUCAACGAUGUCCUGCUUAAGCGCCUGAGUCCUUCGGUGCACAGCGAGUCCUCGAAGGAGAGCUACUACGACAGUGAGCCAGAAGAUCUAUCCGUGCGCUCGUGUGCCUCAAAGGUCUCGAGUCCGGCCAACAGCAGAUCUCAGAGUCCGGACAAGAGCAGCACCUCGAGCACAUCGAUUCACAGCGAUGGCGAGCAAUAGUCAAUUCGAGAAUCUCCUCACACAUUGUAGAUAUUUGCAUAAAAGUAACGAGUAUUUUUCAAGUUUCAAUUGCUCAAGUUUCGGGUCUUUUAAGCGUCGUCGUACAUCAAUAAACUCAACUAGAUUUCUCAAUCAUAAAACCUAUUUUAAUCUGGCCAAGAUAGCAAAUUGCCGCCAAAUAAUUGAGUAUACUACUCUUCAGAUUUUAAUCAAUGCAAUAAGUAUUCAAAUAAUAAACAACAAUAACAAUAACUAAAACAAAAACGAAAACAAAAACAAGAAGAACAAACAACAAGCAACAAUACUAAUCACGUUUUAAUGUCAUACCUAACUAUUAACAACCAUCGUUGACUGUGUAUAAAUAAAACAAAAAUAAAAAACAAAAAAAGAGAAAA